CCCCAAGAUGCGGUGUCUCCUCAUGCUGUUGUGCUCCCAGGCUGUUGCCUUUUCAGUAGGAUUCAUAGCACCCCACACUCUGAAAUCAGAGGAAGGACUGCACAGGAAGCAACGCAACCCUGAAGACCUCAUGAACGUUACUGAAAUGAUCAGAUAUCAUGGAUACCCCAGUGAGGAGUAUGAAGUUAAUACCGAGGAUGGAUACAUACUUGGUGUUUUCAGAAUUCCCAGUGGGAGGAACAUGCAAAAUACAGGACAAAAGCCAGUAGUUUUGCUGCAUCAUGGUACUUUUGCAGACUGUAGUUACUGGAUUUCUAACCUGCCCAACAACAGCCUAGGCUUCAUCCUUGCAGAUGCCGGCUAUGAUGUUUGGCUGGGAAACAGCCGAGGAAACACCUUGUCUGCAAAACACAAGACUCUUAAAACCUGCCAGAAAGAGUUUUGGCAGUUCAGCUUCGACGAGAUAGGUAAAUAUGAUCUCCCAGCUGAGCUGUACUUCAUCAUGAAUAAAACUGGACAGAAGAACGUAUAUUAUGUUGGUCACUCAGAAGGUUCAACUGUAGGCUUUGUAGCAUUUUCUACUUAUCCAGAGUUGGCACAAAGGGUGAAAAUGUUCUUUGCUUUAGGACCAGUACUCACCAUUACACACGCUACCAGUCCUUUUACAACAUUUGCGCGUCUUCCUCAGCCGGUGAUCAAGUUACUCCUUGGUUGCAAAGGAGCUCUUCGCCAGAACGAACUGCUGAGAAGGCUCGCAAUACCACUGUGCUCAUCUCUGCAAAAAGCUUGCGCCAAUAUCCUCUACUCCAUAGCUGGUGGUAGAGCACAAAACCUGAAUGCGAGUCGAACAGAUGUAUACGUAGGACAUUACCCAGCUGGGACAUCAGUACAGAAUAUUCUUCACUGGCAUCAGCUAUCCCAUACAGACCGAUUCCAAGCUUAUGACUAUGGCUCAAGUGUAAACAUGAAGAAAUACAACCAGUCUAUUCCGCCUGAAUACAAGAUAGAGAAGAUAAGCACGCCCAUUGCCGUUUGGAGUGGUGGACAAGACAAAUUUGCAGAUCCCAAAGACACAGCAAAACUACUGUCUCGGAUUAAUAAUCUCUAUUACCAUGAGAAUUUUCCUUUCUGGGGACACCUUGAUUUUGUCUGGGGCCUUGAUGCAGCUGAGAAAAUGUAUCAGAAAAUUGUUGAACUAAUGAGAAAAUAACCUUAAAGCUUUGUACAGGAAUUUCCUUCAUCCAGCAAAGCCCUCAAAGAUUUCUAUUUAGCAGUAGAAUAUAGGUGUAGGUAUUGGUAUAGGGGUUUGUUUUUUUCUUGCAUUGUAUUCCGUGGUUUUAUGGUAUUUUGGUGAAGGUGGGUAGGUGAGUAAGUUAAGGUAGGUUAGGAAGGUAAGAAACAUGAGGAUGACCACUAAUAUACAACUUAGAAGGCAGGGUAACUCACUUUGGAAUAUUUAAACAGUUAGAGGGUUGAUUUUGCUACAAAUGAGUUUUUAUCUCCCUUGUACAUCAAUAUUAUAUAUUCCACUUGAGACAGAGGUGUUAUCUUAUGAAAACAUAAAAAUUGGAUAUAGUCACGUCUCUGUUUAAGUAUUACUGAUCUUUGCUUAAAUUAAAUCAUUGUCCUCUUCAUAAAGUGCUUGGCCUGUUUUCAUUUUCUCACAUUAUCAAGAACAGCAAGCCUGAACCACAAGACCUUCUUGUGGCUACUCUAAGGCUACCCUAGCAUUUAACAUACAGUAGUUUGCCUUACUGGCCCAAAUACCAAGGGAUUCAACUUCUCAAAACCAGUGUCAGAGAGAAACUACUUGCCCCUAACCGCUUGUUAGAGAGAUGCAGAUACUCUCUCAUCCUUCAUCCCCACAUAUCAGCAAAUGUUUUAUUCACUCCCUGAAUACAAAGAAUACAAACAUCUCUACACCUAAAACGCGGCAACUGACGAUUGAGGAGAUGCAGCUGUAUCAGGCAGCCUGCACAUCAAGGACUAGAGCACCCAUCUCGAGAAAUGUUCCUGACACUGUCAGUAAAGUUGUUUCAAGGUCUUCUAACUUCUCGGUUCACCAUGUCCACAUGUUCUGCCAUUCACCUACAAAAUAAUCCAGAAGGUGAAAGAUCACACCAAGGGUUCAUCAGUACAUGCCAAGACAGAGUAACUCAGGUACUGUGGGUGUUUCUAGGUGCAGGGUUAAGCCCAGAAUCCUUAAGCAAGAUUUGUAACAAGUGCAAUCCAUUUGAUCAUUAUCUGGAGACAGUCAUCAAAAUAUAAACAAAACGUUUGUCUCAUGUAAUACAGAAAACUCAUGCAAAGGAGAUGAAACACCUUGUCUAGCACCUACCACUGGAAACUGAGCUCACAACUUGUGGAGAGAUUUAUAGUCCGCAACCCGGAGUGGACUCUCACCCACACCACAUCAUCUGUCAGCUCCCAGCACCCUGACCACCCCAGAGGGCUCCAAACAGGCCUAGCCCUGCUCCUCAGCAGAGCACAGGAGAUGUAGCAUUACCCCAAGUACAAACACAAGCUCUGGGUCUGAAGGGCAGGGAGCAAGAGCAAGAACUUGAGCUUAGGUAAAGAGGAAGUGAGUGCCUCUUCCAGUGCAGCACAGCCCUUCACCUCUGUCCUCACACUCCUGCAGAACCACACAACAUGCAGACAUGCUGCACACCAUGAACCUAACAGUGUGACGCUGCACAAAACACGUGCUAGGUGGGGCAAAAAACUACAAAUCACAACACCAAACUCAUUCUUGCCUCACUAGUAGUGCAUUUUCCCUGAUGCAGAAGUAGGGCUAAAGAGAAGCUAGCUCAGAUCCUCCACUGACAUAGCACAAGGGCAGGCAAUGGGAACCAUGCUUUCUGGAUGAUGAAAGAAGGGGGACCUAGCAGCUCUUCAAAAGCCAGUCGUGUGGAUACAGGGCUAAGAUCUAGCUCACUCAGCUUGGAAGCAUAUACCAAGGGGCACUCAAGGACAACAGCUUCUCCAGAGAGCCUAUCCAUGUUCAAGAGGAAGAAACAGCCACAGAUAAACUCUGCGAGAGGUCACAGGGAAGCAUUCAGGUCAGUGAAACACUGCUCAGAAAAGAAAGCAACUAGUCUAACAUCACCUCUGACCCAAAUAAGGUUUACAAAGGGUUGCCAAAAACUUCUCAUGGAAGACAAAAACAACUUCCAAAUAGUUAGAUAGGCUUGACACUUGACAAUAAGGAUUCCAGCAAACAAUCAUAAUCUUCAUAUUAGAAUCCACCAGGAACACAAUCCUGUAACGACUCAGCACAAGAAAGCAUUUACCUCUUACAUGUCCUGUCAGUAGACUGUUAGCUACCCAAACUACAUCCCUGCAGUGCUGCAAGGGGCCCAUGCUCCUCCAGACCCACUCCAACAGCUCCUCAUCCUUCUUGUGCU